AUGACUGCUCUGAGUUUAACGUCAGCAAUGAACGGUCAGUUUGAGGACAACAACCAAAAGGCAACCAAAAUGGCCGCAAAGGCCAGAGAGGCGGCGACGGCGGUCACGCCGGCCAUCGAAAUGCUGCGCUCGGAGGCCAACCAGGACUCGGUCCGCAAUUUGGCCGAAUUGAUGGCCAAACACCGAACCGAUGCUCUCAUCCAAAACAAUAUAAACCACGAAAAGCAUAUGAAGGCCGAACUCGAGGGCUUUGGCGACGGCAUCGGUGGCAGUGGUCGAGACCUGGAGAGGACCACAUCCAUCAUCUCAUACCUGUCUGGUGUGGAAGAGGACGAGAUAAUCAGCAAAAAGUACAAAUAUGUCACCGCAUCUGUCCUAUGGUUUUGUUACUUUUCAUUGGCUUUAAAUGACUACAUAUUUGGGCCGACGUUUGAAGAGAUGUCUUUAAUACUUGGCGUUUCAUUUAAAGAGAUAUCAAAUUUUGUGAUCAUAAGACAAGUGGCCUAUACUUUCGGAGCUCUUGGCGGAAUUGCAUUCAAUUAUGUGAACCGACAGUUGGCUUUAAUAGCGCUAUUGAUUAUAUCGGCGUUUACUUUAAUCGCGACCCCAUUUUCCAGUACACUCACCGUAUUCUUCGUGAUCGGUGGCAUCAAUGGGUUCGCCGCCGGAGCCUGUGAUAUAGGAUUUCACGUGUGGAUCAUCGAGAUGUUUGAGGGCGGAGGCGGACCACUGCUCCAGGCGUUGCACUUUUCAUUUGGUAUCGGCAUUACAAUCGCGCCCACAAUAACCGCCAACUUUUUGUCCAGCGAAGAGUCCGGAUGUGGUGGCAGUGAAUCAGAGACAACAACAAUCACAACACUCGCCGAUCUAUUGGUUGGUAUUCCGACAACAGCUGAACCUAAAUUUGAAUCCAUACUUUACAUCCCAUACCUGAUCAGUGCGGGUAUUGUGGCGUCGGGUGGACUGGCGUUACUGGCGCUGUACAUCUACAAGAAGUAUGUGCCGCCGCGUAUACCACACGCACCGCCAGCUUUCGCCGAAGAGAUGCCCAAAGAGUUGUCAAAUAUGGAAAAGUUUGAGAUCUGGAAAGAAAAUAUUCCCUCUUCUUAUACCAUAACAUUGAUUACUGUCGGCUCGUGUCUACUCAUGACAUACUAUGGCCUCGAAGUGACUUAUUUGCAAUUUUUGGCACAAUUUAUUACAUCAACGCCACUACCAAUUGCUGGCAUGCAAUCGGCGUACGUGGAGACGGCCACCGGAGCCACCUAUGCCUUAGGCGGUCUAAUCUGUAUCUAUUUGUCCACAAAACUAAAGCCUCAACACAUGAUUUACGUGAACUUCGCGAUCAUAAACGUGGGCAGUAUUGUGUUGAUUGUGUUUUACAAAACCGAUAUCAGUAUGUUAUGGUUGGGCAACUCAUUGAUAGGACUGGGCUUCUCGUCCACAUACGCCACGGCUUAUACAUUCCUCGAGCACCACAUUGCUGUCACAAAUGCUAUUGGAAGUUUAUUCCUGUUGGCCGGGGGCGCCGGUACCGCAAUACUACCCCUAUUCCUGUCCGAUCUAUGCACUAACCCGUCGUCGAUAAUCAUCAUGUGUUUCGUUUGCACUGAAUUGAUAUUGCAUACAAUGACUGACAUUAGGAGUAAACAGAUUGAUAUGAUUAAGAAGAAACUCAUCGAUAAUCCGGCUAUACUUCUGGGAUAUCGGGAAAAACUUAUUUAA